AUGCCACAUGAGGAAGUCUGGACUGCAUGGAUUGGAGCACUAGCAGAAAAGACACGCUCAGAAAUUUUCUGCAACCCAGAGGCUUUCGCCUGCUACGACGCCCAGCGAAAGACAGGCGAUGAGAUCCACAGCGUGUAUGACCAGCAAGACUUCUUCACAAUCUACCUCCACACUAGCCCAGGCCACAUGGGAUGGCCCAAGGGCAGCAUCUUCUACGGCAGAGACGUCCCAGAUCCUGUUCGAACGGCUUGGGGGCAUCACAGCCUGACGGUGGCCACGCGCAAAGCCAUGAUAGAGGCCUUGAAAGACCCCUUGAACCAGCGUUUCCAGAUGGUCUGCCCGGCCACUGUGCCCGUGCGGCCGCCGCUCUUCACCUACACGCAGCUUCUCGCGCUCAAGAAGAGCCGCAUCCAAGACUUUGACCAGGAAGAGGAAGAGACUUGGAGCAGCAAGGCCUUCAGAUUCUCGCUGGACAUGCUUGCAGAGUAUCCGAUGCUGCACAAGCAUGCGAGGCGGCACUGGCAGUGGGUGACGCUCAACAGAGAGCACGCUGAGAUCAUCGGCAAGGAUGACUACGUCAUCAAAAUGUUCGACAAGCACUGCUUCUUCGGAGAAGAAAAGAGGACGCUGGAAUGCACCUCAGACGAGUCAUACGUUGGCACGGCGCUGAGCUACUGGCUGGCAGAGAGGAAUGAGAGCCUGGCCGAGCAGGCAGACGGGGAUCUGGCAAUGGCUGUAGCAACUCAGGCAGGAGGCUUCAAGGAAGAGGAGGUCACCGAAGAGACAGUCGCAGAGCUGCGCAACUCGUCCCCCAAAUGGACCAUCAAUUUUUGGGCCGACCACCGCCGUACAAAGGGCUGCCGGGCCGUGGAACGGCCGCAGGUUGCGCUGAGCAGCAAAGGGAUGCUGGGCGACGCAGCUUCGAGGGAGGAUGCAUGUCAGAUGUCAAAAGAUCCCCUCAAUCCUCCUCAGCGCAUGGUACCUUAUGAGGGCUGCUUAUAUUUUGCCAGGAAAUUCAUGCCACCGGUGGCGGAGACCGUCAAAGCUAUUCUCAAGGAUUUUUAUGUCAUUUAA